AUGUCGCCUAGUAACCCUGCACCAAUUCAGCCAACCAACUCCCAUCAUCAGUCGGAUGAGCCGAUGAGAAACGGCCCUUUAUCGCCGUCUGCCCAAGCACAAUCCGGUCAGGACGCAUUCGAUGAGUCCGAUGCUUGUCAAUCAGUGGCCGAGUAUCUGACGGAUACGUCCAACUAUCAUCAUGAUCUGCUUUACGAUCUCUUCGAGGUCGUGCGAUCGACGGUCCCCAACCAUGCAGACACCCUGCUCCAACUCAUCCGCAGACACGCUUCCAUAGAGGAAGUCCGUGCCUAUCUGGACCAGACGCUGGCUGAGAUGCAUGCGGCCGGAAAAGAUGACCAUGCGCUACAACAGCUGUACGGCAUUUGGCAGUUCAUUGAGGUGGAAAGCGAAGCACCUAAAUUUCGGCCCAUGAUGAUGGAUAUCCGGUACUUGACGGGAAAUGCCCCUUAUCGGGUGCCGGCAAAACCCUGGACCAGUGUCACGGAUGACGACGACCUUGUAUCUCACUUAGUUUCACUCUAUCUGACAUGGGACUACCCAUUCUUCGCGUUCCUGGACCGCAAAUCAUUUCUGAAGCAUAUGGCGAUGGGGAAUGUGGAGUCGGACUUCUGCAGCCCAUUUCUCGUCAAUGCCCUGCUUGCCAACGCAUGCUACUACUCACCCUAUUCCGAGGCGUAUUCAAUUCCCGGGGACGUGCGGACGAAAGGCGCGGACUUCCUGGCGGAAGCGGAACGUCACAUGAAAAGACAUCAAUUUGAACGGGGCAACGAUAUUCGACUGCCGACCCUGCAGGCGAUUCUUCUGCUGUACGAGAGAUAUUCUGUUUCCGGAAAUGGGGAUCAUGGUUAUGCCAUGUUGCAUCGUGCCAUUGAAAUGGCAGAGUCCCUCGGAAUUGUCAAUCAUAAAAAGCGAGAGCUGAAGACGUCGCAAAUGUCAGAAGACAUGAUUCUCUCUAUCAAGCGAACCGCUUGGGGACUCUAUCAGAUCGAUACGGUUGUUCACACAAACUUUCUCAAGCCUAGCCGGGUGAAUUCGGUGAGUAUCGAACGGAUCGCGCGGGAUGACGCAGGCGCAGGGGAUAUGUGGACGCCCUACCCACUCCCUCGCCCAGCCCGACUGUCGUAUCUGAGUCAGUACUUUGAUGAUGCUUGCCAACUUUCUGAUAUUGCUCGUGACAUCUCCCGAAGCUUGAGUAAGUCCGGAAACUCCGAUCCGGGGUAUAAAAAACGCAAACAAGAGCUUUAUAUGCGCCUACGGAAAUGGGAGCGGGGGCUCCCACCAUGCUUCGAUCCAGCUGAAAAGCCGGCCCCGCAUAUUCUCCUCCUCAGGAUGCGAUAUCACACGCUGGUGAUCAAUCUCUGCUUUGAUGCUCUCGGUCCCAAUGCACGGCUGUCGUCUCAGAACCAGACCCACGAUGCGAAUCAACAAUUCAACCCGUUUGAGAUUGCCAUUGCAUCUGCUCGAUCCAUAGCGUCUUUAGCUCGGCAACAGCGGACUGAGUAUGGGAUGGAACACGCCCACCAGUUCGCCAUGUAUGCAGUAAAUCUUGCGCUGUUCGCUCUUCUCGAGCAGAAAAGCUUUGACAUCCUUGAUCAAGACUUUUUGACAUUGACCAGUUCGUUUUCCAUCAUUGCGUGUCGGUCGCAGGUGGGACGCAAUUUGUUUCAUUUGUUCAAGCUGUCUGUGCGCUCUCGCAACCAGGGCUCGAGAGUGGCCCAGUCCACGGAUGUGCCGCCGGGGAUUAAGGAGUUGUUCCGGCAAGAGACUGGAUCCCAGGAGCCGGACCGAUGGGACCACUACGCGGAGGGAUUGACUAAGACGGACGCAGACUCGAGUUAUAUUGACGGAAUGGGCAGCAAGGUGCAGUCGUCGGCGGCAACGGGCAUGCAUGAUAUGCUCGAGCGAUACGAGCGCUUGAGUGUGGGCAAAGAGGAGAGAUGGCCGCCGUCUCGAACUUCCCGGAAUGGGACGUCUUAG